AUGGAGAGAAGCGAAAUUAGAACAGCCUCAAUUACCGUUGUCCUUGCUCUACUAUGGAGCGGAGCAUCUGAGGGAAGCAUAAGCGUAUACUGGGGCCAAAAUGGGAACGAAGCCAGUCUUGUCGAUACCUGCGCAAGCGGCAACUUUGCAAUUGUGCUUCUCUCCUUUCUGAUAACGUUUGGCGACGGGCAGACACCGGUGCUCAACCUAGCAGGCCACUGCGAUCCCUCUUCUGGAGGAUGCCAAUCCCUCGGCGCCGAUAUUAAGUCCUGCCAGUCCAGAGGCGUAAAGGUAUUUCUCUCCUUGGGAGGUGCCUCUGGAAGCUAUGCAGCUGCCACCGUCGACGACACGCGAAACGUGACCACCUAUCUGUGGAACAACUUUCUCGGAGGACAAUCGGACUCAAGGCCUCUCGGAGACGCCGUUCUGGACGGAAUCGAUUUCGAUAUCGUAGCCACGACGGACCUCUCGGAAAAUCUGGCCAAGGCCGUGUCUGCUCUUAGCACGCCCGAUAAGAAGGUCUAUCUCAGUGCCGCUCCAGAGUGUCCUUAUCCUGACGCCCAUCUGGGAAACGCCCUGCAGACGGGGCUUUUCGACUACGUGUGGAUUCAGUUCUAUAACAACCCCUCCUGCCAGUAUGCCGAUGGGGACGCUUCUGAUCUGGUGAAUUCGUGGAACCAGUGGACAACGUCUAUUACCACAGUUCAAACAGAGGGCUUCUUCCUGGGCCUUCCCGCUUCGUCUGCAGCUGCUGGAAGUGGCUUCAUUCCUACAGACGCACUCAUCACCAAAGUUUUGCCACAAGUCAGGGCCUCCCCCAAUUAUGGAGGAGUCAUGCUGUGGUCCAAGUACUAUGACGAGCAAACGGGUUAUAGCUCGGCUAUUGUCGAAGCAGUAAGACAACCGAACAAAUUAUAUGCAUUGUAUUUAAAAAUAAUAAUAAUUGAUUAA